AUGCUGGACCAGGAAGCAUAUAUUGGAACUGUACUCAAUCGUUUCAAUAUGAACGAUGCGAAGCCUGCGACGACCCCGAUGAACAGCGGAGAGAAGCUGACCAAGGAACCAACACCGAAACCCGAAGAUGCGGAGCAGCUGAAGAAAAUCCCUUAUCAGGAAGCCGUCGGAAGCCUGAUGUACCUCGCACAGUGUACCCGACCGGACAUCCUGUUUGCAGUCAACAAGCUAAGCAGAUUCAACACCAAUCCCUCUCUCAAACACUGGGAGGCCGUCAAACAUCUGCUGAGGUACCUGAAGGGAACUGCGAAGUACAAGCUGCGGUAUACGAGGCAAGGCGAAUCGAAACUCAUCGGUUACUCCGACGCAGAUUGGGCCGCAGAUCUCGACGAUAGGAAACUCACAAGCGGAUACAUUUUCCUAUUACAAAGCGGGGCCGUAUCCUAG